GCCCUCCGGUAUAAGGCGGUCUCGGGAGAGUGCGGAGAAGGGGGGGGGUCUCGGCGGCUCGAGGAGCAGGAGCGGGUGAAUAUGGCGGCAGCCGAGACCGCGAACUGCAUCAUGGAGAAUUUUGUAGCCACCUUGGCUAAUGGGAUGAGCCUCCAGCCGCCUCUUGAAGAAGUCUCCUGUGGCCAAACGGAAUGCACCGAGAAGCCCAACGCGGAGGACAUGACGUCCAAGGAUUACUACUUCGAUUCCUACGCCCACUUUGGAAUCCACGAGGAGAUGCUGAAAGACGAGGUGCGCACCCUCACCUACCGCAACUCCAUGUUCCACAACCGGCACCUCUUCAAGGACAAGGUGGUGCUGGACGUGGGCUCGGGCACGGGCAUCCUCUGUAUGUUCGCCGCCAAGGCCGGGGCCCGCAGGGUCAUCGGGAUCGAGUGUUCCAGCAUCUCCGAUUACGCGGUGAAGAUCGUCAAAGCCAACAAGUUAGACCACGUGGUGACCAUCAUCAAGGGGAAGGUGGAGGAGGUGGAGCUUCCGGUGGAGAAGGUCGACAUCAUCAUCAGCGAGUGGAUGGGCUACUGUCUCUUCUACGAGUCCAUGCUCAACACCGUGCUCUACGCCCGAGACAAGUGGCUGGCGCCUGAUGGCCUCAUCUUCCCAGACCGGGCCACGCUGUACGUGACGGCCAUCGAGGACCGGCAGUACAAAGACUACAAGAUCCACUGGUGGGAGAACGUGUAUGGCUUUGACAUGUCUUGCAUCAAAGACGUGGCCAUCAAGGAGCCCCUGGUGGACGUGGUGGACCCCAAGCAGCUGGUCACCAACGCCUGCCUCAUCAAGGAGGUGGACAUCUACACGGUGAAGGUGGAGGACCUGACCUUCACCUCGCCCUUCUGCCUGCAAGUGAAGCGCAACGACUACGUGCACGCGCUGGUGGCCUACUUCAACAUCGAGUUCACACGCUGCCACAAGCGCACCGGCUUCUCCACCAGCCCCGAGUCCCCGUACACGCACUGGAAGCAGACGGUGUUCUACAUGGAGGACUACCUGACGGUGAAGACGGGCGAGGAGAUCUUCGGCACCAUCGGCAUGCGGCCCAACGCCAAGAACAACCGCGACCUGGACUUCACCAUCGACCUGGACUUCAAGGGCCAGCUGUGCGAGCUGUCCUGCUCCACCGACUACCGGAUGCGCUGAGAGCGCCCGGUGUCCCCCACCCCGGCCGGCCGGCCUCGGGCCCAGAGGCCGCGGCAUUUCUGAGGGUCCGGGACCCCCUCCGCCCCUUUCUCCGAAGGGAGUCACAGGGGCCUGGGCCCGGGAUGGGAGGGUGGGGGGAGGGCACCUUGUGACUGUUUUUCAUAACUUAUGUUUUUAUAUGGUUACAUUUAUGCCAAUAAAUCCUCAGCUGGGA